AUGUGGGUGCUGCUGCUGGUGCUGCUGCCGCUGCUGGGCCCGCCUCCGCCUCCGACGCAAUUGCUGGUGCUGGGGCAUCUCUCGCCGCCGCCGCCGCCGACACGGCCGCUCCUGGCGGAGAGAGACGGGUAUGAGGUCCCUGGCUACGGGACGGCGACCUUCGACCUGAAGCACGAGAAGGCCGCGGGCGACCGCGAGCCGGUGCAGGCGGCGGAGCGCUCGUUCGUCGAGCGCACCGCGCCGCGGAAGGAGGAGCUGACGGAGGAGCAAAAGGAUGCUCGGGCCGCGGCUCGCAGGGCCAAAAAGGCCCGGCAGAAGGCGAACAAGGCGGAGAAGGCUGCGGCGGCGGCUGCGAGCGAGGCUGAGCGUGCGGACUACCCGCACGCGCAGCUGCGCGAGAACGUCGAGUUCGUCAUGGACGGCCUGGAGGCUGCGACGCAGGCGGCGCGCAACCCAGCGGGGUCCAAUAUUCAGGUCGCCUACUCGCUGCCUCCCGAGGGGGGCAGCGGGUUCGGCGACCUGGUGUACGCCACGGUCCCUCUGGGCUCCGUGGCGACCAAGGUCGCCCGGGACUGGCUCGCCAACGAGCUCUACGAGCCGUCCCGGGGCGGCAAAAUUGAUGCGGCCUGCAGGGACCGAAAGGUCGCCGACCUGAUCACGGCUGCCGGCGCCUCGGCGCCGGCCGACGCCGUGUUCGGCGGCAGGUUCGCGACGGGCGAGACGCCCCGCUCGACGACCUCCGCCUCCGAGGCGGACGAGGGCGACGGCGCCGGCGGCGAUGACGGGACCGGCUUCGACCUGUUCGGGCCGGACCCCACCCCCAUGGAGGACCUUUGA